AUGUCAUCCGAUCAAGAAUACGCCAACUUUUUGGAGAAGGCCAACCAGGACACUGGCAGUUCGAGCGAAGUCAAGACCAGUGGAUUCGCGCAAACGAAAGCUGUUGAUUCUGCUGUGCCUGCGCAUCUCAAGAGUGUGGAUGCAUUCUAUCAAAGCGACACUGAUGAGCCUUUCGAGCCUGUGGCUCUCAAGUACGGAAAGCAGGGUUCUAUCAGUCAAGGUCAGAAUCUGUCAUGUAGAAGAGCGAGCUCGUACAGGCCAACACUAACGCGUGACNNAGACAAAUUUGCCGACCUGAUCAACCAUUCUAGCGAGGUGGAGGAGAUCAGUGUCAAGGACUGGAAUGUCAAGAACCACUACGCCGAGGUUGUUGGGGCUGUCAAGAAGGCUGGCAGCGACAAGGCCGACGUGAAGGUAUUCCGUGUCGCUCAUGGUAGCACCCGCUGUGAGUACUACAUCGUCACGCUGAACGAUGAGGGUGUCGUUGUCGGUGUCAAGGCCAAGGCUGUUGAGAGCUAA